AUCCUAAAUAAUACACGAAAAAAGAAGAAAAUAAAUGAGAGGAGGACUGCUUCUUGGUUAUUUAAAAAAAGUGUGUGUCUAUUCCUGCAAUCAUUAAUCAGGUUGACUGGUAAUUAUUAAGCCAGAGAGCACCAAGGAGUGUGGGGUUUUGUCUUGUGAGCUCUUACUUCAAAAAAUGGCUGGGAUCUGGAAAAUAGUUUUAACCCUGUUUGGGCUACUUGUACUUUGCAGUCAACUUCUAGAAGGGGCAGAGGAAGACCUUGCUGCUGCAUCCGACUGCACUAACUUUCAAACUACCACCUGGAAGCAGUACCUUGGAGAGAACAAGCUGCAAGUCCAAUAUCUCAUCUUCACCCCUCAGAACAGGAACUGUGCCAGCAUCGUCAGUGGGGGCUCAAUAGAGGAGAUCCAGGCUUCCAAUUUCAAUUCCUCCCUGGACACAAAAGUGAUUAUCCUCGGGUAUAGGGCACUGGGGAAUAAACCUUCCUGGAUUGAUGACCUGGUCCAAGCUCUCCUGAAUGCCGCUGAGGUGAAUGUUUUGGUGGUGGACUGGUUAUAUGGAGCAUCCUCUGUGUAUAAUGUUGUGGUCCAAAACUCCCAGGAGCUGUCUGUGGACAUUUCAAUUGUCAUAAAUAAUCUCAUUGCACUUGGAAGUAUGCAAGAAUCAUUUCAUUUUAUUGGAGUGAGUCUAGGGGCUCAUGUGGCUGGAUUCGUGGGCAGUAUCUUUGGUGGAAAACUAGGGCGAAUCACAGGGUUGGAUCCUGCAGGGCCUAUGUUUACGAAAGCAAGUACGGACAUGCGCCUUGAUCCCAGUGAUGCUCUCUUUGUGGAGGCCAUUCACACAGAUAUGGACAAUUUUGGCAUAAGGAUUCCCAUUGGCCAUAUUGAUUAUCAGAUCAAUGGAGGAAAAGACCAGCCUGGUUGCAGUAAGUCACAAACCUCAUCGAUUUUUCUCUAUUUUCCAGUAUUUCGUUAUAUGAUUUGUGACCACAUGAGGGCAGUACACCUCUAUAUCAGCGCCAUCACUAAUCCUUGUCCGCUGCUGGCUUUCCCCUGCCAAAGUUAUGAAGAUUUUGUCACUGGAAAAUGUUUGAAUUGUGACCACCCUUUCGGUGGCUCUUGUCCCAGAAUAGGGUUGCUUAGAAAUGGCGGAAUUACAGUUAACCCACUGCCAAAAGAAGAAGUCUUCAUGUUGACAACAGAUGCACCACCUUUCUGUGCUCAUCACAUUCUUGUGGAUUUGCACGUAACUCAGCUGAGCAGAAGCAGUCGUAUCCAGGUGACUCUCAAGAGUGAAGGGGUUACCCAGUCGCAUAGCCAGGUUAAACUACAGAAAGGUGUUUCGGGGUCUAAAAUGGUGAUGGCUCACUCAACGAUGCUUUGUAAAAUAGACUCCAUUGAACUGAAGAAUACAGGCACUCGGUUCUACCGAAAAGAUGAAAUUGACAUUGUGAAAAUCUGCAUUUCAGAAGUCCCUUCUGACAGGAAGGAAUCUCUCUGCGUUGAGAACAUCAAGCUUAAGGAAGGCAAUCCAUGGUCCCAUGACUUUGUGAAGCUCUGUAACUAAGAAAUAACUACUGAGCUCAUAACACAGGUCAUCCCUGAACAAAAACCAACAUAUCGGUGGCCUCACUGACCCAGUUAAAUGUGUAUGCUGAAGAAGUAAUGUAUAGUAAUAGAAGUUUGCCUUUUUUUAUGUUAUGCAGUAGUUGCAUUUUUCUGUGUUGCCUAUCCUAAAAAAUAUAUUUGUGCAAGUCUUCUUGAAAAACUAAUACUUCAUUUGUAUGCUGCUUCUCUUCAGAUAGUGGUUAUAAAGUUGUUUAACUAA